GAGAAGAAAUUGCUGAACUGCAGCUCUGAACAUCUUUCUUACUCAUAGCAGUCACAAUGGCAUCCAAGGUAGCACUGAGAGGACUCAUCUUCCUCUGCCUGCUUCAACUGCGAGUUCAGGCGGAUGUGAAAACAGCCGUCCUCAAUAAAAUGAUUCAGUAUUUUGACAAUAAUGUUCAACCCAAAACAAUGUCUGAUAUUCAGUAUGCAAUAGCGAUCAGUGUCCCAGAGCAACAGUGCACAGAUGAAACUUCUUCUAUUGAAACUGUGUUCAGCAAAGAUGAUGCAGAAAAAGUAAAAACAAUUCUCACUAAUGGUCAAACAUGUGAACUUUGUACAAACUCAGAGAAUGCACCAAUAAUUGCUGCAAGGCCAAAAUCCGAUAAGAUCCAUGCCGAGUAUGUUCUGCUGUAUCCUGUGGGUAAUUCUCUAAUGGACAAACUUUUAGAAAAGGCAAAGGAAAAUAGCUGUGUGGUUUUCUAUACUUACAACUCACCGUGUGUGACAAAGUGCAUUAGUGGUGAGAAGAAUAUUAUUGAGGGUCUUUCAAACUGGAAAAAUAAGCGAAGUCAGGGAAUAAAUGUUUUUGUCUUUCGAACCGUCUGGCAUAAGGAUGCUUGGAGAAAGGACCUAUCAGAGGAAUUCAAAAAGAUUGAUGCGAUAGUGCCCCUUUAUCAAUGUUAUGGGGCUGAACGAAUUAACUGUUUUAAAUGUCGGGGUGAAAAAACAACCAGCUACUGCCUGGAUGUCCCAGAUAGACCAAAUUACUUAUUUGAACUGAUGCUCUGAACUGAUUUUAAAUGCUUUUGCUUGCUUAAAUUAGAAAUGCAGUACAUCUGUGUGUGUGGGGGGGGGGGGUGCAAAUUUAAAUUUAUCUGCAAUAUCUGCAGUAAAAUCACAUUUAUUUUCUUUAAUUGUUAUUUUAAACUCUCAUGUAUCUUUGUUUUUAUUGUGAUUUUAUCGUGUAUCUCUUAUUUUUACAUUUUCUUUUUUCUCUUUUUUAUAUUGUUUUCUCAUUUCUAUGUAAAGCACUUUGAAGGACCUCUGUGUAUGAAAUGUGCU